UCCUCUCUUAAAUCUCCGCCGUGUUUUCCUCCUCUUUUUACCCGAUUUCCACGCCAUUAACAAACAAAAUCUAACACUAGUAAGAAAAAAAAAACCGGUUCUCUUGAUCUCUUCCACAGCCUAAAACCCUAACCGAAACCCAUUUGAAAGAACCUUAAAGCACUCCCAAAAUCCACCAUGAACGACGACAACAUCACCAUCGUCUCCCAUUUCAACCCAAACCCAAACAAGUUUAGAACAUUCACUGUAACUUUCUUCACAGACGCUAUCACCACCACAGUCACUUCAACUCCCUCUGUUGUCCGUAACUGGCUCUUCAACGUCCUUCGUCUCCACCGUAUCCGCCGCCACAGGCUCGUUGUCGGCCUCGGCGUGCAAUGGAACCCAUACUCUUCCGUUGACCACCCGCCAGCAGCUACUCUCCAGCUUUGUAUCGGACGUCAAUGCCUCAUCUUCCAACUGCUCCAUGCAAAUCACGUGCCACUCUCUCUCCGUCGCUUCUUGGCUGAUCCUCGUAACACUUUUGUUGGUGUUUGGAACCAUAGUGAUGAAGCCAUGUUGUUGAGGUCGAAGCAUAGGAUUUCUGUUUCCAGGGUGGUUGAUGCUCGUGAUGUUGCUGCUGAGAGAAAUGGGUUGAGUAGGCAGUUGUCUAUGGAGAAGUUGGCUGAGAUAUUUUUGGGCGCUGAUGAUGUUAAGAAGCCUAAAAGGGUUGGUGUCAGUGCUUGGGAUGCUUAUUGGCUUUCUUUAGAACAGGUUCAGUAUGCUUGUGUUGACGCUUUUGUUAGCUUUGAAUUGGCAAAGGCAUUGAAAGUUUGGAGCUGGGCUUAGGUGUCUUUGCUUCAAUGGAUAGUGAGGGGUUUAUGUUUUUUCAGGAUUAUAUACUUUAACACGCUUUUUUUUGCUCCAUGGAUAUGGAUUUUAUAUGUUGUUAGUCUCUUCUUUUUCCCCCAUUGAUAAAAUUUUGCU